UAUACUUUCUAUAAUAUCCUUAAGCAUUUGAUAUUUUGGUUGGUCUAGAGUUUUUGAAUAUAUGUAAAUAUUUUUGAAUUUUACACCGUUUUCAGCGACUAGUAAAGAAAAUAAAACAUUAGUUUUACCACAGCCCGACGGCCCCGCAAUAAUCGCUCUAAUAGAGUUUGGAAAUAAAGUGCCGUGUCGGGGAGGUUUAUUGUCAUUAUUUUCAGUAUCUGCGUUUAUCACGGGGAGUUUAACACUUUGCUGUAUAAACUUCAUGUUUUCCACUAUAAAUAGUUUAUCAGGACAGUAAACUGAUCAAAUGAUGUCACGUCACGGUCGCAACAAGUCUAAAAGUGGUGUCGGUCUAUUCAAUACGCUCUUAAAUAAAUUACCUAUAGAAUUACACCUCAAAGGUUAUAAUUACUGUGGUCCAGGCACCCGGUUAAAAGAACGUUUAGCAAGGGGCAACGUGGGGGUAAACAAACUCGACGAACUCUGCAAAUCUCACGACAUUUUUUACGAUAAACAUUAUUCGGCUGCAGAAAGACAUAAAGCAGACGAAGUAUUAGAACACGGGGCUUGGGACAUUGUUAAAUCAAAGGACUCUGGAUUUAAAGAACGGGCUGCAGCAUACCUAGUUACCAACGCCAUGAAAGCAAAACGUAAAAUCGGAAUGGGAUGUGGUUUUAAAACUAUAGUUUCUGAAGCGAAAAAGGCUAUUAAGAAACGUAAAAAGACAGCCGGUAAAGAUAUUACAAAAUUAAUAAAAAUUGCGUUGACCGCUGCUCGCAAAAAAACUCGUCGUGGUAGCAUUUCCCCCACACCACGUGUAGAAAUUAUAUUAUAUUAA